AUGGUCAGAGCAAUCGACGCAGCUGGCAACACGAGCCAUGAUGAACUCCGCUCCGUCCAGCGCAGAGCCCUUCUACCGUGUCUACUUGCUGGCGAUUGGAAGCAGCUGGUCUCAGUUUCGAUGGAGAAGGAAUACUUGGGCGGACUCAUUACUACCAGCUCAGGAGAGGUUAUCUACACAGAUGUACACACAUUCUGUGAACACGCUCAGCUAUUCGAGCGUUACGGUAACUUUGCCUUGACAGAUUACUAUCUCGGCAUGUUGGCAAUGCCAGAAGCAUGGUUGAUGCCAGGACUCGAUCACAUUCACAUUGCCCAACAUGAAGUCUUGAACGCUUCCAUCUCUGAUUUCUAUUACAAGCUCACCAAGUGGUUCAAACGUACCGAGGCCAAAAGAUCCGCCGAUGAUGGUCUCGUUGUUGCGAUGCGCUUUACCUUCGUAAGCUUUAUGAAAUGGACAGCUUUUCAGGUCGCGAAGCAAGUGCAGGAUUGCAAACAUCGCUUCAUGUGCUUCCAGGAGCGACUACUUUCUGAUCAUUCUUCCUACAGCACGGCGCUGCCAUUGCGGGUUGUUUUUCGGGAGUAUCCUAACAAGAGUGAGCCCCGAGGUGACUGGAGACUCCUCCUGCUGAUCCGAAACACAAACAAGGACGAAGCCCAGCAAGACCUCGAAAACCCCUCUGUAGCCUACGGGACGAGGCGCUUCCCCUUGGUGGUACCGAGCUUCACAGUCGAAUCAGUUAUUUGGGCGACCAAUUCCUGGGCUCUGGAGUUGGGCAGUAUCUCUUGCAGCUGA